AUUAUAGAACCCUCACCGAGAUUUAUAAUGCAGCCGAUAGGAAUAAAAGACUCGUCCAACACCCAUUGCUUUCAUUACAAGUUUCUUGGCAAGAUGAUGCUUAUGCAUAUCUUGUGCGCCGUCCUAAUCCUCUAUGUGUCAGUAGAGGCGAACGUUAACGUGAUAGGGGUUGAGGAUAAUAACUUUGUGCCAUUUUUAACAAAAGCACCAAAAUAUGAUCCAACGUGGUCUAGUCUAGACAGUCGACCGCUUCCAUCCUGGUACGAUGAGGCAAAGUUUGGAAUCUUUAUUCACUGGGGUGUAUUCAGCGUGCCCAGCUUUAGUUCCGAAUGGUUUUGGAAGCAUUGGAAAGAUGAAAUUUUUACUACAAAAUUGCGGGACUUUAUGAAACAAAGAUAUCCUCCAAAUUUCACUUAUCAAGACUUUGCGCGAGACUUUACUGCUGAAUUUUUUAAUGCUGCCGACUGGGCAGAGUUAUUCCAAGCGUCAGGUGCAAAGUAUAUUGUAUUGACAAGCAAGCAUCAUGAAGGAUACACAUUGUGGCCAUCAAAAUAUUCAUUCAGUUGGAAUUCUAUGGAUGUGGGACCUCAAAAGGAUCUUGUUGGUGAGCUGGCAAAAGCUAUUCGAAACAGAACAGAUAUAAAGUUUGGCUUGUAUCACUCCAUGUUUGAAUGGUACAAUCCUCUCUAUAUGACAGACAAAAGCAAUAAUUUUACAACAGAUACAUUUGUGACUCAGAAAAUAAUACCAGAAUUAUACGAGUUGAUAGAAACGUACAAGCCAGAUAUAGUUUGGUCAGAUGGAGAUGGAGAAGCACCGGAUUCUUAUUGGAAAUCAACGGAAAUUUUAUCCUGGCUAUACAAUGAAAGUCCUGUGAGAGACACAGUGGUGGUGAAUGAUAGAUGGGGCAUUAAUAUUUCAUGUCAUCACGGAGGUUUCUAUACAUGUUCUGAUCGAUUUAAUCCUGGUGUACUUCAACCACACAAAUGGGAAAAUUGUAUGACUAUUGACAAAAAGUCUUGGGGAUACCGUAGAAAUGCCGUUUUAUCGGAGUACUAUACAUUGGCAGGAUUAGUGAAGGAGUUAGUAAUUACUGUAAGCUGCGGUGGAAAUUUACUGAUGAAUGUCGGACCAACAAAAGAUGGCAUCAUUUCACCAAUAUAUGAAGAAAGACUGCGCGGAAUGGGCGCUUGGCUAGCGAUUAACGGCGAAGCUAUUUAUGAUACUAAGCCUUGGCUAGCACAAAAUGAUACCUUAACAGGAAGCGUCUGGUACACAUUAAGUAAAAAUGAAAACCAGCUCUAUGCCUCAAUUUUAGAAUGGCCAGAAGAUAAUAUUUUAUUAUUAGGCUCGCUCAAACUUCCGAAUAAUUCAGCUCAGAUAGAUUUACUUGGUUAUUCAUCAUCAGGAAUUCCUUGGAAACAAUCCGGUAAUAAGCUAGAAAUAAGUUUACCAGCUAAUGCACAUAGAGGUCAGCCAGCUUGGGUAUUAAGGAUGAAAGAGAAAACUAAUUAAAUA